AUGGACUUCGACGAGCACGAUGAUGACGACGAGAUGGCGCCCAUGCCGGUCAGCUCGAGCUACGAGGUGCCGGUCCAGCUGGGCGGUGGCGGGGUGCCCAAGCCUGGUGGUGACUCUGGAGGAGGAGGGCGCUUAGCCAUAGCCGGGAGCGGCGGCGUUGGAGGCGCAGGCGGUGUCAGGUACCGGGAGUGCCUCAAGAACCACGCCGUGGGCAUCGGCGGGCAUGCCGUGGACGGCUGCGGCGAGUUCAUGGCGGCGGGCGAGGAGGGCUCCAUCGACGCGCUCCGAUGCGCCGCCUGCGGCUGCCACCGCAACUUCCACCGCAAGGAGUCCGACUCCCACACCGGCGCCGAGGCCGCCGGCGUCUCCUCCACCGCCAUCACCGCCUACGGCGCGCUGCCACCGUCGCACCACCAGUUCUCCCCCUACUACCGCAGCCCGGCCGGGUACCUCCAGCACCAGCACCACCACCAGAUGGCCACGGCGGCCGCGGUAGCCGCGGCCGGGCACGCGCACCGCCCGCUGGCUCUCCCCUCCACCUCCUACUCCGAGGCGGACGACGUGUCCGGGAUGCUGAGCCCCAUGGUGAUGGGCUCCAUGCUGGGCAUGCCCUUCGGCUCCGCCGGCCCCUCCGGCUCCGGGUCAGGCUCCGGCAAGAAGCGCUUCCGCACCAGGUUCUCGCAGGAGCAGAAGGACAAGAUGCAGGCCUUCGCGGAGCGGCUCGGGUGGCGCAUCCAGAAGCACGACGAGGCCGCCGUGCAGCAGUUCUGCGAGGAGGUCGGCGUCAAGCGCCACGUGCUCAAGGUCUGGAUGCACAACAACAAGCACACCCUCGGCAAGAAGCCCUGA